UCCGCAGCAGCAGAACCGGAUCCGCAUCAGAACACUUCACAUCGGACUGAGACUACAGGUCAGCAGCCGGACGUCAUCAUGCCUUUCGGAAACACCCACAACCAGCUGAAGAUGAACUACUCGGCGGAUCAGGAGUUCCCCGACCUCAGCCAGCACAACAACCACAUGGCCAAGGUGCUCACACCUGAAAUCUACGCCAACCUGAGGGACAAGGAAACGCCUAGCGGGUUCACCCUGGACGACGUCAUCCAGACCGGCAUUGACAACCCAGGUCACCCGUUCAUCAUGACGGUGGGCUGCGUUGCCGGAGACGAGGAGACAUACGAGGUCUUCAAAGAGCUGCUGGACCCGGUGAUCGAAGACCGCCACGGAGGAUACAAACCAUCAGACAAACACAAGACGGACCUGAACCCCGAAAACCUGCAGGGAGGAGACGAUCUGGAUCCAGACUACGUUCUGAGCUCUCGGGUUCGGACUGGACGGAGUAUCCGCGGCUUCUGUCUGCCGCCUCACUGCAGCCGCGGAGAACGUCGAGCCAUCGAGAACCUCUCCCUGGAAAGUCUGGACGUGCUGGACGGGGACUUAAAGGGGAAGUACUACGCUCUGAAGAACAUGACGGAGGAGGAGCAGCAGCAGCUGAUCGAUGACCACUUCCUGUUUGACAAACCCGUGUCCCCGCUGCUGCUGGCGUCCGGCAUGGCCCGGGACUGGCCCGACGGCCGCGGCAUCUGGCACAACGACAACAAGACCUUCCUGGUGUGGGUGAACGAGGAGGAUCACCUGCGUGUCAUCAGCAUGCAGAAGGGAGGCGACAUGAAGGAGGUGUUCAACCGCUUCUGCACCGGACUCACCAAGAUCGAGGGCCUGUUUAAGGAGCGAGAUCACGAGUUCAUGUGGAACGAACACCUGGGAUACGUCCUCACCUGUCCGUCCAACCUGGGGACCGGACUGAGGGCCGGAGUCCACGUCAAACUGCCCAACGUCAGCAAGCACGAGAAGUUUGGAGAAAUCCUGAAGAGGCUGAGGCUGCAGAAGAGAGGGACAGGCGGCGUGGACACGGCGGCGGUGGGCGGAGUCUUUGACAUCUCCAACGCGGACCGUCUGGGCUUCUCCGAGGUGGAGCUGGUUCAGAUGGUGGUGGACGGAGUCAAACUGCUGGUGGACAUGGAGAAACGUCUGGAGGCCGGGGAGGGCAUCGAUGACAUCAUCCCUGAGCAGAAGUGACCUGUCACUGUAACCUCUGACCCCUGACCCCCACACCCCCCGCCCUCACUGUAACCAAUCAGAAUCCGUCCUGAAGCAGCGGACGUUUAGAGCCAGUUAGACUUCAGUCUUCCAACAUGGACCUGUUGGACCCGACUAUCACCUGAAAUAUAAAUACCUAAUAAAGUCUGUGUGGACCCGACUAUCACCUGAAAUAUAAAUACCUAAUAAAGUCUGUGUGG